CAUGGGCAGGCAUGAGUCAUAUCCGUGUCAUAUGUAUACGUAUGUGAGUGUACGUGCAUUGCGUCCUCCCGAAUAUGCCAAAAAAGACUGAGUGAUUCAACACGGUAGACAGACAGACAGACAGCUAGCUAGCUAGCUAUGAGUCCAGGCAGGCAGGCAGCACAUCAAAUCUGAAAAGCACACCACACAGAAAAUAACCCAUUCACCCAUUCAUCCAUACAUACAUACGCUCCAUCGUGCGUACCCUGUCGAUCGUGAAGGCAAGCUUCGUCAAACCUCCCUCCUGGACCCGCUCUAGACUGCAAUAGAAUGGUCGGCCACUCCCCUGCAACGAGAUCUGCAUCUCGUUCCAGACCUCGCCAAGCAGCAUGAGAAUCUCAUUUCCACUACUUGAGAAGCGUUUGAUCUCCGCCGCCUCAGGGCCCACCCAAUCACAGAUGUCGUCGAGCAUUGAUUUGACACGUGUCAUUCCGAUCUCACCGCAAGUGCUGCCGCCGUUCACAGGAAAUUUCGCCAACAGCAGCAACGUGCGCGCCAUCUUGACGGCCACCCGCCGCAUCACCUCGUCCCUUCGCGACGCUCGUUGCUCCUCUGAUGGCGGUGGGCGCUGCAGAUCCGUCUCGCUAUCGCUGAUGUUAAGGCCGAAGUACCGCAUCUCGCGCAUCAGCCUGCGCGUGUCGGUGUUGCCAUCGAUGAAGAGUGGCGUGCCGUGUCGGUAGUAGUCGAUGACAUAGGGGAAGAGCGAGGGGUCGGCGUCGAUGAAGACGGGCUGGCCCUGCUGCACCUGCUGAUAUUCGGCCGUCGACUGGUUGGUCACCAGCUGGCCCAGCAGCGUGUCGGGGUGGCGUAACAACGUCGAUAUCGCCACACUGAACUCACGGCCACCAACAUUCAGACGCACGAAGCUCGUCAUGGGCAGAUCUGCUGCUGUUGCGGGUGCUGACAGAUCUGGAGCCUCGCCGGAUGAUUCGAUCUCGCAGUUUUCGUCGGGUUUGUCGUCCAACUGACUGCCUCCUCCUCCGGAAAGCCUCCC